AUGCUCCACGUAGUCACGGGGGAUCUCCCACAUAAACAAAUGCUCAUGCUUGAAGACGUUGGUAUUUUCACAUUGCAUCUGCCGCGCAAGCCUUUGAGAAUGGAUCAGUCAGUAAAGAAUGAAUAUUCACUUUGUCCUUUCCAACGAUUUACCGGUUACAAGGAUGAGAUUUCCAAACCUCAGUACAUUGGCAAGGGAGAGCAGGGCUUUGUUUUUCGGUUCGAACACAAAGGUAGAGAUCUUUGCAUGAAAUUGUUCUUCAAAUACGAGCAUGUGGAGCGGGUUCACGAGAACACCGCGCAUAUGCUAAGCCCCUUUGGAAGUGAAUGCCGUGCAUUUGCCCGUCUAUGCGACUUGCAUGAGAAUGGCAACUGGGCGGUGCAGUACCACGGAUGGAUGUUUCUAAAUGACCGUCAGCUUCACCAGCUUCGCAAAGUAAGCGGACGGCAAAAGAGGAACCCGCAUUGGGAGUACAUUCGUUGGGCUGUUGUAAAGGACUUCAUCACGGAGAAGCCACCAACCAGUAUGGAUGUUGAAAGGCUACAGGACAUUGCGUCAACUUUCAAUAUUCCAAAACGCGGCAAUAUCCUACCUCGCGAUGUCAAAAGGGAGAACUAUGGAGGGCAGCGAAUGGUGGAUUUGGGAUGUACUUUGACCUACCCAUUCUUUCGUCGCUAUGCAAGUGAAUUUGAACGCAAUGGAUUCUUCCAAUGCUUGGAAAAUCAUGGGUUAACGAUGUGGGACUAG